GGGAGGGCGGCCUUUCCUGCAAGCCCGGCCCAUUGGCGGGCGGGGUUGCCAGGCUUGGCCCCCUUCCUCUCGCCGGGCUACUCUCACUGAGAAGGAAGGAGGGAAGGACGGAAGGCGAGGAGGAGACGCCCCGCUGGAGGAGUCAUGCCAUGCUAUGAGCUGCGGCUGCUGCUGAGACCCUGGCACAUCUCUGUGACCUGCAAUGACAAGCCUGAACAGUAGCCAUGCAGAGAAAACUGGGGAAAUGUCUUCAAAGCAGCCAGCACCAAAAGUUCAGGUUCAGCGAUCUGUUUCCCGAGAAACCAUCACCAUUCAUUUCUCGGCGUUUGGGAAGGAGGAAGAGGAGGAGGAAGAAGAGUUCAAGGAGUCGCCCCCUGAGACACUGGAUGACCAAAGCAUUGUAACAGCACUGGAAGCUAAGGAGGACCUCUGCUUUGAUCUUGGUGACCAUGACUCUUCUGGUUCCACUACCUCGCUUAAAAUGGCUGCAUCUCUGCUCACCUCAUCUCCCGCAACCAUGCCAACUGUAAAGCCGCUGGAGCCCCAAGUCUUCAGCGCAGCGGUGCCAUCAGCUAUGUCACCCUCCUCACCUUCGUGUAAUGCCUCUGCCUCCUCAGGUGGGGCUUUGCCUUCAGAACCGAGAACCACCCUGUCGUCUUCUCCAUUGACCUCUCCUUCCAAGUCGCUUUUCACAUCUAGCACACCCGCCUCUGUUACUAGCUCAAAGCCUUUCAUGAGUUUAGUUAAGUCCCUUUCAACAGACAUUGAACCAAAAGAGCCCACUCCACCCACAAGACAUAGGCAAUUAAUGAAAUCCCUGGUGAAGUCUCUGUCCACAGACACUUCUAAGCAGGAGUCUGAAACGGUGUCAUACAAACCACCUGACUCUAAACUGAACUUGCACUUGUUCAAGCAGUUCACUCAGCCUCGGAGCACAGGUGGCGAUUCCAAAACGGCUCCCUCUUCCCCCCUAACAUCUCCUUCAGAUACCCGUUCCUUUUUUAAAGUACCCGAAAUGGAGGCCAAAAUUGAAGACACAAAAAGGCGCCUUUCAGAAGUGAUUUAUGAGCCUUUUCAGCUCCUAAGUAAAAUAAUGGGCGAUGAGAGCAGUAGCCACAGGCCCAAAGCCUUAUCUUCAAGUGCUUCAGAACUGUCAAAUCUUUCCAGCUUGAACGGCCAUUUGGAAAGCAAUAACAAUUAUAGCAUUAAGGAAGAAGAAUGUGACUCUGAGGGGGACUUCUACGGAAGUGACUCCAGUAUAAAUAAGAGUACUAAACAACCCCAGAUAGCCGAAGAGCAUGCAAAAGAGGCUGAAAGUAGAAGUUCCCCAUCAUUAAGCACAAAGGAUGCCAAUUUAAAGGGGUCACUGGUACUUGAAAGAUGUUCUUUGUCUGCCUUGGCAAGCAAAGAAGAUGAGGAGUUCUGUGAACUGUAUUCUGAGGAUUUCUGUUUGAUAGAGGAUGACAAAGCCGAGAAACAUUGCGAAGAUUUGUUGAAGUUGGAGGUGCCUGAGGAAAGCCCUGCACCUUUCAGCAGCGAAGGUGACAUUGAAUUUCAUGUGCAACCGCCUAAACUUCCAAUGAAGACAUUGUACUUUCUCACAAUGCUGAUCUAUGCUUAUCUUAUACUCCCCCUACCUGUUUACUUCAGCGGACUCUUUUUGGGAGUUGCCAUUGGGUUUAUGAUUGCUAUCUGUGCAAUUUGGCUUUUUACACCAAGUGCCAGGUAUAGCAGGCUACAUACACGUUGGAACAAGCAACUGCAUACAGAACCUCUGGACAUUAGAGAACCUGAGAUAUUGAAGGGCUGGAUGAAUGAGAUCUAUAACUAUGAUCCAGAAACCUAUCAUGCUACAUUGACUCACUCGGUCUUUGUAAGGCUAGAAGGAAACACACUGAGACUUUCAAAACCCAACAAAAAUAUUUCCAGAAGGGCUAUUUACAAUGAAGCCAAGCCUGAAGUAACAUAUGUUAGCCAGAAAAUUUACGACCUUACAGACAGCAAGAUCCACCUUGUCCCUCAGAGUUUGGCUCGGAAACGAAUUUGGAACAAAAAGUAUCCUAUAUGCCUUGAGCUUGCGAGACAAGAUGACUUCAUGGCUAAAGCCCAGUCUGAUAAGGAAACCUCAGAAGAGAAACCAGCUGCUGAAAAAGUAGAUGUAACCAGCGAGGAACCCAAGAAACUCUCUCAGGAUGGUACAAAAUCUGUUACUCAGAAGGACCAAAUGCUUUAUCUUUUUGGAAGGACUGGUAGGGAGAAGGAGGAGUGGUUUAGGAGAUUCCUUCUGGCUUCCAAAUUGAAAUCUGAAGGAAAAAAGCCAAUAUCCGUGUGUGGAAACAAGCCAGGAUUCUUGCCAACACACAGUAGAUCCAAUAGCCAGUCUGGAGUUCUUACACACAGUCGUAGCAGCAGCAAAGGAAGCGUAGAAGAAAUCCUUUCUCAGCCAAAACAGAAGGAGCUGGCGGCUAGCGCAAGACAAAAAAUGUUGUUGGAUUAUAAUGUCUACAUGGCAAAGUGUAUUCCACAAGAACAUACAAGCCCUGUAGCUAGUCCAGUUCAGAGUGCCGAGAGCAGCCCUUCAAUUGUGAAGAAGUUGCCAGAUACAUGUUGUGACGAAGAGGAGCAGGAAGCAUGGGUAAAUGCUUUGCUUGGAAGAAUCUUUUGGGAUUUCUUGGGAGAAAAGUACUGGUCUGACAUGGUUUCCAAGAAGAUACAAAUGAAGCUUAGCAAAAUAAAGUUGCCCUACUUCAUGAAUGAACUAACACUAACGGAGCUGGACAUGGGGAUUGCUGUGCCGAAGAUUCUUCAAGCCUAUAAACCUUCCAUUGAUUAUAAAGGGCUCUGGAUUGACUUGGAAAUUUCCUACAAUGGAUCUUUUCUAAUGACCCUCGAGACCAAAAUGAAUUUGACCAAACUUGGGAAAGAGCCUCUUAGCGAAGCACUUAAAGUUGGAGAAAUUGGCAAAGAAGGUGUCAGACCAAGGGCAUAUUGCCUUGCAGACAGUGAUGAGGAAUCUUCUAGUGCGGGCUCCUCUGAGGAAGAUGAUCCUCCAGAAGCAACAGGGAGUGAGAAACCUUUAGUACCAGGAGCAGAAGGGUACGUGGGAGGACAUCGAACUAGCAAAAUUAUGAGGUUUGUGGAUAAAAUUACCAAGUCAAAAUAUUUCCAGAAAGCAACUGAGACCGAGUUCAUCAAGAAAAAGAUUGAAGAGGUCUCCAACACCCCACUGCUGCUGACUGUUGAGGUACAGGAAUGUAAAGGAACCCUAGCAGUAAACAUUCCACCACCACCUACUGAUAGAAUAUGGUACGGUUUCAGAAAACCACCUUACUUGGAGCUAAAAGCUCGACCAAAGCUUGGUGAAAGAGAAGUGACUUUAGUUCAUGUGACGGAGUGGAUAGAAAAAAAAUUGGAUCAAGAAUUCCAGAAAAUCUUUGUCAUGCCAAACAUGGACGAUGUCUAUAUUCCCCUGAUGCACUCAGCUAUGGAUACACGCUCAUUUAUGUGCCCUCUUAAAGAGUCUGACACAGAUGCUAUUGAUCAGCCAUGAAAUGUGAAGACUGCAGUUUACAGUAUUAACAAGUUUUGUUUUUAUUGUUUUUAAAAUGAAACUGUCUGGAUAUAGAUAUAUAGAUAUAUUUUGUCUCUGUGCCAUGUUUUGUUUUGCUUUUUGAAGAGGAUUGCUUAAUGCCAAUUGUUGCUCCAGUUGUCCAGGUAUCACUCCUAUGUACUUGAGUCACUUGAGCAUUAAUUCAAUCUCUAAACUGGUCUGUAUCUUUGCAGUUGCUGCUGCUAUUGGGCUUUCCACUUAGCAGUUAAUGUGUAAUAUUUUGCAGUAAAGGGUUAGGGAAGCUUCCACCAGUUGCAAUUGAUCCAGGAGCUUUGACACCUAUGGUGUUGUUGGUUGACACACAACGUUGGCAGUGCACCUAGGCAUGUAUCACGCAGCCACACGAAACCUGUCCCCUGCCAAGGAACAAACCCAUGUAACUGGAAGGCCUCUUUCCCAACCCUUCUCUCUCAGGCAGUUGGAGGUGGAAAAUAUACUUUCCCGUUCCUUCACUUCUGCAGUCCGAUAGCUUGUGUCAAGCAAUUUCGGAAAAGUUUUCCAGAGUUAAGAAUGUAAAAUGGAUGUACAGAAGAGAAUUGUGGAUCACUUCAUGUGGAUUAUGCAUAGUAACUUAUUUUUUCAUAUGAAAUUGUGUUUUUUGGAAACAAGUAGCCAUAUAACACACAAACACACGUUAAUUGGUUGGAGAAGGAUUCUACAGAGCAUGGAGGCAAAUUCUUUUGGGGAGUUUUAAUUCCCAAAAUUUAAUGUUUCCAAGCUCUGAGCAAAGGAGACGAAAAAUGAGGAAAAGCCAUGAAGACCAAACCAUAGCCAGACUUUUUUUUUUAGUGAGGUACAAUCGCCAUGGCUUGUGAUUUCACAAUAAAUGUUAAGACAUGAAUACACAUGGAAACGUCUAACGCUCUGUGUGUGCAUGCAUACUUGUGUGCACUAAAAUUAGUCUAGAACAAUGAACUCAUUCAACUUGACUAAAUUGUUGCUUCUUGCAUUCACUCUUUGUGGAUAAGAGAGUGAAGCCACUCCUUUUGGCCACUUUUUUAAAAAAGGUGCUGUGCUGAUAUUGACUGUGACUAGUCUGCCAUCUUUUAAUCAGUGUGCACCUCUUACGUGGUCUUUGUAUGGAAAGUGGAAGCGCAACAAAACUCCAAAGCACUACUAAUGAUUAUGGCAAACACUCCGGAGAAACUGCCUUGCUGUUACUUUUCUGUAUGGACAUUUCAGCUAAACAUGCACAUUAGAUCAGUAACUCCUUUGAACACUACAUACAUAUACAACGAUCAACACCAGUAAUGAGUGUUUCUUGAUACUCAAUAUUGCCAACUUAUGUCAAGAGAAUGUUAAUUUAGUUUACAAGCAGGUGAGCGAUCACGUUCACCCAACUAAUAGCGUACUGCUUUAAGUGGUUUUUAAACCUUUUUUGUACAUUGUGUUCAGUUACUGUGUGUAAAAUUUCUCAUGAUUUGCCAUCUCUAAUUGGAGCAAAUUCAAGGUUUUUUUUUUUAAAAAAGCAACAACAAAUGCACCUUGCCUGAAACACCUUUAAAGAAAAUUAAUAUAUUAAUAUAUUUAAAUAUUCCUCUAUUAUUUGGGCAUCUAUUUUUGUUAUCUCUGACUUCUGUGACCAUUCCAUUUUGUGUGCUGCCCCAGCUCUUGUUCGAUGAAAACAUCUGCCUCUUCCUGAAGUCUGCAUGUCUUGUUCACGGCCCCUUUUUUUCAUGUGCAAUAACAAUGAAAGUCUAAAGACUAGAUGCACUAAUGUGUAUAAGGAGUUCUUCAGAUCUGACACAAGUGGGUUCAUUGCACUUCAUAACUAGACUAUGUGGGUUAUUACAAUGGGCUUGCUUUUUCUGAAAUAAAUUUAUCCCAUGUCAAA